AACUAUAAUUUUGAGCUAUAAAAAAAAAUAGAUAUUAAAAAAUGCAUUUCAUAAAAAAUGUUAAAGUUCAUACGCUCAAUGUUCUCGGUUCGAUGAAACUUGUGUGUGAACUGUGAGUUGAACAGUUUGACUUGGUCCGGUGUCGUUUGAUAUUUUAAAUUUCCCAUUUUAAAAAUUGUAAACAAAUGCUUUGAUAACAUACAGCAAAUUUGUCAGAGUUAAUACGUGAUUGGAAAAACUAUAAAGUUCAGGAACGUUAAUAUUAUUGUACCAGCACACCCAUUAAGGACCAAAAAUAUAAAUUUUUAGCACAGCAUGGAAUUGACAUCUGUUCAAAAGGAAAAAUCGAUAUACCCCAAGUACACAUGGCUUAUCGUAAUCAGUGAAUUGUGUGAACGAUUUACCUAUUUUGGAUUGAAAUCUGUUUUGAUUUUAUACCUGACAAGAAUACUGCAGUUCAACGGAGAAGAAUCAACAAUAAUAUAUCACAGUUUCAUAUUUCUUGCGUGUAUCAUGCCAUUGCCGAGUGCAAUUUUGGGAGACUCUUAUUGGGGAAAAUUCAAAACAAUAAUGUAUUUGUCAUUUUUCUACGUAUUGGGAUGCUUAGUGCUCACCGGUGGAUCAAUUGCAGAUAUGUUCGGCCUCGACGUUCAAAAAAAUCAGUUGAGUGCAUUUUGAUGAACAAUGUUUUUAGUUUUGUUUUCUGGUGCAAAAAUAAACAACGAAGACGGUUUUCCAACACGCGAACUGGCAACGUACAGCUGCCCGUCCGAAAAACAUGGAAAUUCCAAAUUGAUCCCACAGACUUCCAACGAUUGGCCUUGCGAUUUACUGAUUGUCAUCGCAAAAGCCAAUUGAACGGGAAACUGAAUCCGCUUAAACUGAAAUUGAAUAUCUGUUGGAAUGAUCGGAAUUCGUGGGAUAAGGACUUCCUCUCCUUUGAAAUUGCCCUUGAUGAUCGUUGAUUGUAUUACAUUGUUCAUCAGUUUCUUGAUGGACAAAAGCAGCGCGAUUCAAGGCUACAUCUGAACUUCGUCUUAUAUUAAUAUGUUGUCGAAUUUGAGGCGGCGUUUGUGCAGCGCGGGCCUGUGUAUUAUGAGCACGUAUCAAUUCAUUUGCUUCUGCCCGCUCCUCUUGCGUUUGAUUAUAACG